UUGUUUUCAGUGGUGCAAAAUUCGUAUUAUGGGCGAAUCCCGUGUGCUUUACCGAAUGCACUGAGCUGGGUGUACAUCUGUAUCAAGUGGAGUAUCGUUCUUACUGGCCACAACACUCUCUGUGUUGUUAUUUGCUGGUAUGCAGAUGUACCGAUCACAGCUAGCUGGUCAAGACUACAUGACUAUCGUUGGUGGAUUCCUUGGCUCAAAUUUGUUCAUCCUUCUUCUCACUGCUGUGGGCAACUUUGAAACUGCAACAUUUGGAGCUGGAUUCCAGACAAAAUUAUUCCCAGAAGUAAUAGCCUGUCUACUUAUCGCAUUAUUUGCAUCAGGAUUGGUACAUAGAGUCUGUGUCACAACAUGCUUCAUCUUUUCCAUCGUGGCCUUGUACUACAUCAACAGAAUAUCUCUGAGCAAAUAUUCAGCCCCUGUUCCGGUAGUAGGAGGUCCUACUCCAUCCAAAAAUAAGAAGAAGAGGAAUUAAAUACUUUGGAUAUAGGGACAUUAAUCAAUUACAUAGUCAUGAUGGAUGGGUGUAUUUCCUGCUUGCAAAUACACUAUUUUCUUUCUUCGUUGGCUUUUUUUUUCAAGUACUGAGUACUUGGUUAUUUGGUUCCCUUGUUGAAAGAAAACGCAUGAAUAAUAAACUGGAAAUUUGUCUGAAAUUAUGUCAUGUGAAGCCAACUUAAAUCAAUAUGGCAAAGAUAUAUGGUUUAUUACUAUGAUUUGCUCUUUGUCCUAGCAAAAAGAUACCAAUGAAGCAUGUUUCAGUCUCAUGUCAUCCAUAUUGUAAAACUAUUUUUACUGAAAAUACAUAUAUGAAAGAAGUA